AAAAAAAAAGCGCAUCACUCUUCCUCUUAGGCUUUAGCGUCUCAGCCCUAAGACCCUAGCCGUAUCUAUAAACCCUAAUAUUGGACCGGGAACCUCUAUUUCUCUCCGCUUUCUAUCGACGCAGCCACUCAUCUCAUUGUCUCCAGCAACGACAGCCAUUUAACUCUGAUUUCUGAUUGGUCUAGGUCUUAUUAAAAAUGGAGGGCUCAGUCGAUGAAAAGGAGAAAGCAGUCUUGGGUUCGGUGACAGGCUCCCCUGCUGCUGGAGAAACUGUCAGCAAAAAUGCACUCAAGAAGGAAUUGAAGAAUAAGCAAAGGGAAGAAGAAAGGCGGCGCAAGGAGGAGGAGAAGGCAAAACAGGCUGCUUCUAUGGCAGAUUCCCGCAGCAAGAAAUCUGCAGCAGCUGACGAUGAAGAUAUGGAUCCAACGCAAUACUUCGAAAAUAGACUGAAGUAUCUUGCAGCUCUGAGGGCAGCUGGUGAAGAGCCAUAUCCUCACAAAUUCCCUGUUACAAUGUCUAACCCUGAAUAUGUAGAGCAGUAUAAAAACAUAGGCAAUGGGGAGCAUCUUGAGGAUGUUACUGUAAAUUUGGCUGGGCGUAUCAUGAGCAAACGCUCAUCUUCUUCAAAGCUAUUCUUUUAUGAUUUACAUGGUGGUGCUGCUAAAGUCCAAGUUAUGGCUGAUGCUAGCAAGUCGGAUUUGAAUGAGGAAGAAUUUUCUAGGUUCCAUUCGACUGUGAAGCGUGGUGAUAUUGUUGGUGUCAAGGGGUUUCCAGGGAAAACUAAAAGGGGGGAGCUAAGUAUUUUUCCAAGAUCGUUUAUAGUCUUAUCCCAUUGUCUCCAUAUGAUGCCAAGGCAAAAGCCUAAGGCUGGUUCUGUGUCUGACAAUGCCAAUUUGAAGAAAGAGGAGGCUUGGGUCCCAGGAUGUACCAGGAAUCCUGAAACAUAUAUUUUGAAAGACCAGGAAACUCGUUAUCGGCAACGCUAUUUAGAUUUGAUGUUGAAUAUGGAGGUUCGACAAAUUUUUAAGACAAGAUCUCAGAUCAUUUCAUAUAUUCGGCGCUUUCUUGACAGUCGUGAUUUCUUGGAGGUUGAAACACCAAUGAUGAAUAUGAUUGCUGGUGGAGCAGCUGCCCGUCCGUUUGUGACCCAUCACAAUGACCUGAACAUGAAGCUAUUCAUGCGCAUUGCGCCUGAGCUCUAUCUUAAGGAGCUUGUUGUUGGUGGACUUGACCGUGUUUAUGAGAUUGGAAAGCAGUUCAGAAAUGAGGGCAUCGAUUUGACGCAUAAUCCUGAGUUCACCACCUGUGAGUUCUAUAUGGCUUUUGCUGACUACAAUGACUUGAUGGAACUCACUGAGACAAUGUUGAGUGGGAUGGUAAAGGAACUUACAGGCGGAUAUAAAAUUAAAUAUCAUGCAAAUGGGCUGGAUGAGGAUCCAAUUGAGAUUGACUUCACUCCACCUUUCAGAAGGAUUGACAUGAUAGAAGAAUUAGAGAAGAUGGCGAACCUCAAUAUUCCCAAGGACUUUUCCAGUGAUGAGGCCAACAAAUAUUUGAAAGACGUAUGCACGAAGUAUGAGAUCAAAUGUGCCCCUCCUGAAACAACAGCGCGUUUGUUGGACAAACUUGUAGGACACUUCUUGGAAGAGACUUGUACAAAUCCUGCUUUCAUCAUUAACCACCCUGAGUUAAUGAGUCCUUUGGCAAAGUGGCAUAGAACGAAGAAAGGCCUUACUGAGCGUUUUGAGUUAUUUAUUAACAAGCAUGAACUCUGCAAUGCAUACACUGAAUUGAAUGACCCUGUGGUACAACGCCAGCGAUUUGCUGAGCAGCUCAAGGAUCGGCAAUCUGGUGAUGAUGAAGCAAUGGCUUUGGAUGAAACCUUCUGUACGGCUCUUGAGUAUGGGUUGCCUCCAACAGGCGGUUGGGGAUUGGGUAUUGAUCGGCUAACAAUGUUGUUAACUGAUUCACAAAACAUUAAGGAGGUUCUUCUCUUCCCAGCCAUGAAACCUCAAGAUGAGCCAUCUGCUAAAGGCAAUGCAGGAGCUUAGGAAAUUUUCAAAAUUCUGAAACCCAGAGCUCUCAUCCCAGAAAGUUGGCAUGAACCUUUGAUCGAUGUGAUUUCCGUCAUAACUGAAUUUCUUGGGGAUUUUGUCACUUUUUAUGGGUCGAAAUACCAUCCAUCCUUGUUAAUUCAGUUUACUAAUUGUGUAAUUCUUCAUAUAUCUUUUUAUUUUAAGUUUUUGGCAAAUUCAAAAUAUCAUGUGAAAUUAAAUGAAGAAUCAAGUUAUUAGAACUGUUGUUGUCUCUCUCUCAUAUAUUUAUGCAUAAUUGGGAGUUUGGAGAAAAACUCUUGAAACUCUUAUAUUUUCUUA